AUGAGGAGUAGAGAAGUCGACGAGUUUCUCGACCAGGCUUUAGCGAGGGCUAUGACCAAAGCCAUAAGGCGGAAGGUGGCCACUCACUCGUCGGUGACUCGUUUCGAGAAUCUUACGAAAACCGAUAUGGAAGCGUUGAUCAUUUCAUCAAUCAAAGCGGGUCCCAACAGAACCGACUUACAUUCUCUUCAGGGAAAGCAUCGUGGCCGUUAUUCAAAGCUUGGGAACAUAAUUUCCGUGUCUGAAACCACACCCAACACACUUUCCACUAAAUUAUUCCUGUCCCCGUCCUAUCCUCUCUCUGCUUACUUCCAUCUUCGUCUUCGCCUCGAAGAUAACCCAAAUUCCUCUCCAAUUCUCCGUUUUGUGACAAAAAGCCUAUCAAAUCUAGCGAUGCAACAAGGAGAUUACAGUUCUUUCUUUCAAUAUCCACACCUCCAAAACCCCAACCCUAACCCUAAUCCUCCGAUUGAUCAUCACCAAACCCCGUACGCAUCCGCACCACCUUUCUCCUCCGAUUACUCCAUUUAUCCCCCAAAUUAUCCUCCUUAUUCUCAAAAUUCCGAUCCUGUACCUCCACCUACAGCCCCUACAUACACGCCAACAACACCAACAACCCCACCGCCAAACCCUAAUAAUUCACAAUCAUCCUUCAAUCCACCACAACCGCUGCCACCACAACAACCACCGUCUUUUCCACCUUAUGAUUCCCAUGGGUCUUACCAACCUCCAGCAACUCAGCAAUCUUAUUUCCCACCCUUUGAUCAACAUCAAACGGCUUCCAAUUACGCUCCUCAACCACCGCCUCCUACCUCUCAAAUAGCACCGAAUCCUAUCGCAACAACUAAUUCUCCAUACUCCUCGACGUACAGCGCGCCUUAUAAUCCAAUAGGAUCAUCAGUCCCACCUGUCUACGAUACUCCAUACGAGAAUCCGGUGAAAUUCGAUCAGAAUUACGGGUAUUUGGACAGUUAUAAUCGGAGCAGGUCCGAUAUAGGGUCUGAUCUAUAUGGAAAGCGACCAGAGAGCCGAUAUGAUAUUGGUGGCGGCCGUGAUGAUGGGUAUGGAGAUGGUGUUUAUGCAUAUGAAGGAGGUAAGGUUGAGCCUUAUGGAGCACGAGGGACAGCUCCAAAAUCAUCGACCUGGGCUGGGUUCGAUGAUUAUGGGAGAUCAAUUAGUGUUCCGUCUGGGAAGGAUAAUUCGGCGCGGUCCAGUUCUGGUUCAGGCUCGGGGAAGAUUGUGAGGGCAGUGCCGAAGGUGGAGGCUCAGGAAGAUGUUAAGAGUGGGGUCCAGAAGUUUAGAGUUAAGCUUUUGGCUGAAAGUGGAGGACAGAGUACUAUGGAUGUGCUUUGCCAGAUUGGUUUGGAUGGAAUUCGUAUGCUCGAUCCCAAUACCAGUCGAACUUUGAGAAUAUAUCCUCUUGAGAACAUCACAAGAUGCGAUAAAACAGAUUCAUCUACCUUUGCAUUUUGGUCCAAGAGUUCUGUGGACAUUGAGCCAAGACGUAUUAGACUGCAAUCAAACAGUUACACCACCAACACCCUUCUUGACACUGUGACUGCUGCAACUGUACAGUUGCUGAGUUCUGGUAGUAUAUCUGUUUCAAAUACAGAAGCCAAAAACCGAGGCAUGAAUGAUGAAUCUAUUCUCAAAGAAAUGGUUGAAAGAAUCAGGCCUUCUGAUGCUUCAAAGACAACUGAGCAACCUACAGAGAAGAAGAAAGGGUUUGGCGAUUGGAUGAACUUGAUGAAGCAAGGCAGUGAGGAGAAAGAUCAUUGGGUCCCUGAUGAAGCUGUUUCAAAGUGUACAUCAUGCAGAACAGAUUUUGGGGCUUUUGUUCGUCGGCAUCACUGCAGAAACUGUGGAGACAUUUUCUGUGACAAGUGCACCCAUGGAAGAAUUGCUCUUACUGCUGAUGAGAAUGCUCAGCCAGUUAGAGUUUGUGACCGAUGCUUGGCAGAAGUGACGCAGAGGCUGAGUAAUGCUAAGGAAGCAACUAGCAAACCUGCAGCGAUUCGUAGUCACGAGGAUCUUGCCAAGAAGCUUCAGGAGGAGAUGGAGAAAAAUCGCAAGUCAUCAUCAGGAUCCAAGUCCGAAGGAUCUGGGAAGCGGAUGAGAGAAGUUGCCUGUCCAACUUGCACUGUCCAUUUGCAGGUUCGAAAUCCCAGCUUGAUUUGGUUCAGGUUCCCAGCUCUGGCUCUGAAACUAUCGAGUGUGGAGUAUGUCAACACCCAUUUCUUGUCAGUGCACACUGAUUCCUGCAGAGUUUUCCUGAAUAUAUUGGAGGGCUCCUAUUCCUCUGGGAUGGAACUUGUACAUGACUAA